AUGGGUCCUCGACAGUGUCAAGUCUGCAACGAAGCUCCGUCCAAGUAUAAAUGCCCUUCAUGCUACUUACCUUAUUGUUCUCUGGUCUGUUUCAAGAAACACAAAGAAUUGCCAUGUGUCAAGCCGCAACCUUCAGAGGCCACAACAACUGCUGUUUCAGAAUCACUUGAAGAAAAGCCAAUGGUUGUUGAUGAGACAAGUGAGGUGUUGCAAAAAUUCCAACUGGAUGCCAUAGCCUCUUCGUGUGAGAUUCGAGAUGCCUUGAAUGAUAAAGCCCUUCAAGAACUAAUUUGCGGUAUUGAUUCUUCCUCAAAUGCAGAGAACGAACUCGAUAAAGCUAUGGCAGAGGAGGCAUUUCGCUUGUUCACUGACAAGUUUUUCCCUGUGAUUCAGCCUUUGAUUGUUGCUUUCGGCUCUCUGAGAUCUCGCGUUACAUUUUCAUUUAACUGGAUUAGAAGUCAUGGUGAAGUGGUGUCACGUAUUGAUGAUGACAUGAUACGUGAACUAGGUUAUUUAAUAAUUGGAGAUAGAGAAGAUGCUAGUACUACUAAAAUGCAAUUUCUAUAG